CGAAAUGGGCGAGCAUAAUCUCCUUAAUCCCGGGUUUGUGGGACCUUUGGUAAACAUCCACACCGGAGACACAUUUUACCUUCCCAAUUUCCGUGCAUCCGGGGGACAACUGGCGGGUCUACCCUCUCUUCCCUACCCUAGGAGGGACAAUGUGUGCUCCUUACCGUGGACCCCAUCGGAGCCAUGCAAUGGAUACCCUCAAUCUUAUUUCAGCAGCCCCGUGUCCCUUAACCCCAGCUUCAACCGUGCAUGCGAAAUAACGCGGCAAGACCAAGGCAAAUGUUUCUACAGCAACGGCGGCGCCGGAGGAGGAGGCGGUGGAGGGGUGAACCGAGAAAACUGUAUUGAGAAUGUCAACCUCAAACGUGAAGACAGGGCACGGGGAGACCCCUCCGUCGCCUCCAUAGUGGGAGAGCAAGGACUGCACAGCCAUAACGCAAACACCAUGGGCAACGGUGGCGGAAACUUCUCCAAAUACGACUACGGUACAGCCGGUGAACAGCUGACCCAAGACCCGCCGUCCUGCCAGUCGCUGGAGUCGGACUCCGGCUCGUCGCUGCUCAAUGAAGGGGGCAAAACACCAUCAGGCAUCGCACACACAUUGACGUCUCCUGGCACCCACACGCAUGCAGGCAGCGCAACUCCAGGCAGUGGUGCUCCGUGGUACCCCAUGCAUACGAGAACCCGCAAGAAGCGGAAGCCCUACUCCAAACUACAGCUGGCCGAACUUGAGGGCGAGUUCAUGCUCAACGAAUUCAUCACACGCCAGCGACGGAGGGAGCUUUCCGAUCGGCUGAACCUGAGCGACCAACAGGUCAAGAUUUGGUUUCAAAACCGUCGUAUGAAGAAAAAAAGACUGUUGCUUCGAGAGCAGGCAUUGUCAUUCUUCUAGAAAAGAAAGAUGCCCUUAAAAUGGCAGGGGAGAUGAAAGAGGCGCGAGGGAGCUCUUGGUGAGGCUUAUUCACCCCCACAGUGAGAAAUGUGACGUUGGUAGACAUAUUAUUUAGUUAUUUCAAUUGAUUAAUUGCAUGAUUUUAAAAGUAAAAUGAGCCUUGAAAUAUUCUCUUCUGACUAGGUUUGUGAAAAAGACAACUUGAGAUAUACUAAGACUAAAACUAUCCUCAUUACGCAGAGCAGCGACCAAACGCGUUGAGCUACAUGCUUUGAUUGGUUUGAAAAUUCAUUUUUUUUUCAAUUGGUUAAUCGCCGCACCUGUAAUUUCGUAUAAAUACAGACUGUCAAAAUGUAACUGAUUAUUUCCUCGCUUCCUCGCUUGAGAGUCGUUCUAUUCUGUUGUUUCUUCGUGUGUCCAAAAUGAUGGCGAUUUUGGAUAUAUGCUUGUUAAUCUACUCUAAACUCAUGGAAAGUGUGUGGCAAACAGGGUGAUAUCUGUUGUAAAAUAGAUAACCCUUCUGUCACCUUUUCAGUAGGUUGCGCAUUCCAAGGAAUGAUUUCGCAUCCUUACGAAACAGAUUGCACUUUGCGCAAAACGUUGAGGUCAAUGUCAAAUGCAAAGCGAAAACAAAUUCCUGCUAGUUCAGUUUAGUGCAGUACAAUACACCAAUGUAUACAAGUUUGGAUGCUGGAAAAGGCAAAAAAAUAAUAACUUUGCUGAAAAUCGGAUAUGUAGCCCAUUGCAAGGGAGCACUUCACCUGUCAAAGCUUGUGUUUCUUUGUUUUAUUUUAAUGUCAUUUUGACAUAAGUGCAUCGCAUGAUAGCUCACUCUCUCUUUCUCUCCCUCACGGCCAGAGAUACCUGUCCAUACCUCCCCGUCACUCUGAUGGAUGCCAUGUGCUACAGAGCACAGCAGACAGGAGGAUGUUCAUGGUCAAGGACAAAAUUGUCGCCCGCUCCUCACGCAUCACCCACACUGCCACGUCUGGCCUAACUAGCAUGGGCCGCCCCAGUGAGCAAACAUUCAUAGCAUGGGCAAUGAAAUGGAUCUCGACAUUUAGGUCCGGCGAAAGUCUAAAUAGUUUAUUCAGAGGAGAGAAUGAGAGAGAUAUAUUUGACAUGGUGGGAAUGGAUAGAUGGGCAUACGUUUUCUGCUGCUAUUUUGAGAUUACGAUCCGUAAGAGUCUCAGCACGGUGGUGCUAACUAGUAGUACACUCUGGUGACUCUUUAGAGACAGAGAUCGUUUACUGCAAUAAUAAGCGACACCCGAACGUAAUGGUUAUGUCUCAUAGCCAACAUAGAUACGCAUACAUGCACACAAAUACACCGGCAGAAUAGCAAAUACGCUCGCUCGGUUGUGCGCUUAACAGGCACACACUAGUCGACAUUUUAGUAAAUAUGCAUUUUCUGUUGAGGGUUUCAUGAACUUAAUAGUGUUAUGCGACAUAGUCAAGUGCUUUUAAUGACAUUUGUAGCAAGGGUCGAGAUUUAUUUAAAAGUAGUCUGCGCUCCUCCACACCAUACAUGGGCAGGUAUGAGAAGAGGGCUGGGUGCUACAGUCACUCUGUCACCUAAUUGACAUGAGUUAUGAAAGCCUAACCGACCCAACGUUGAUUGGCAUGAUGAUUGAAAAAAGUAAUGGAAAAGUAAAAUGCAUUUACGCAUCAUGCGCCACAGAAUAUUUAAAGGAACUGUUCUUCUAAAAGUAAAAUGUCCCUUUCAAACAGUAUUCGACAUAUAGUCACAAUUGUGUGUUUACCGUGACUUUUUUCCCCCUUUUCAUUCUUUUUGUUUGUAGUCCCAAUUUUCAAAGUAAAAAACACCGACACUCA